GCGUGGGGGCGGAGACGCCGCCAUCUUGGAGCGGGAGGCGGAGCGAAGCAGACAGGGAGGGAGCGACCGACCGGGGCCGCUGCCGCCGCCAUGAACCCCGAGUACGAUUACCUGUUUAAGCUGCUCUUGAUCGGUGACUCAGGUGUAGGGAAGUCCUGCCUGCUCCUCCGCUUUGCUGAUGACACAUAUACUGAAAGUUACAUCAGCACCAUCGGGGUCGACUUCAAGAUCCGAACCAUUGAGCUGGACGGCAAAACCAUUAAGCUUCAGAUUUGGGAUACAGCAGGGCAGGAACGAUUCCGGACCAUCACCUCCAGCUAUUACCGAGGGGCCCAUGGCAUCAUCGUAGUGUAUGAUGUCACUGACCAGGAAUCCUAUGCCAACGUCAAACAGUGGCUGGAAGAGAUUAACAGAUAUGCCAGCGAGCAUGUCAACAAGUUGUUGGUGGGCAACAAGAGUGACCUCACCACCAAGAAGGUAGUGGACAACCCCACUGCCAAGGAGUUUGCUGACUCUCUGGGCAUCCCCUUUCUGGAGACCAGCGCCAAGAAUGCCACCAACGUGGAGCAGGCAUUCAUGACCAUGGCAGCCGAGAUCAAGAAGCGAAUGGGUCCUGGGGCCGCUUCGGGGGGCGAGCGACCCAACCUCAAGAUCGACAGCACCCCGGUGAAGCCAGCCAGCGGAGGCUGCUGCUAGGGGGCGGAGCUUCGGGGGCUGGGAGGGUACUUCUUUUCAGAUGAUGCCCCUGAGGCGGGAGGUGGAGCCCCAAGCCUGCCUCCCCCUCCCCCCACCACCACCAAGGGGCAUUUGAUUCUGUGGCUUGUGGGCAGUGAUUCUUCACCCACUCCCACCCCCGACCUCCCUCCCAAAGCUCUUGGUCAGAUCUGUGCUGCAGGUGGGGGCUGGGGAGCCUCCCAAGUCCUUGGAGAGCCCCUCCCCACCUCCCCAGCCCCCUGUCCUCUCCCCAACCUUGGGGAGGAGUCUGCCUUGUUCCCAGCUCACUCCCCGUUUUCCCUCAGAGCUGCAGUGAGUCCUGGGGAGCCCCGGCCCCCCAGGAGCAGGGAGCCUCUUCCGCCAGACCCAAGGCCCAGACUGUGGGGGGCGAGGGUCAUGGGGAGGGUGGGCCAGACCUCAGGAGGGAGCGGCCUCUCUACAUCUUCCCGCUGUUCCGCAUCACCUUAGCCUGCCCUCCCCUCUCUCUGCCGCUAACCCCUCCUGGCCUUGGGCUUUUUGCUCAAUCCGUCCACAAUGGCUUUGGGGGGGGGCUGGCAGGGGGGCAGCGGAAGCUCGGCUUUGCACAAAGCCCGAGUGGGUGGGCAGCAGCAAUUUGGGACUUGCGCUUGUGCUUGGAGGGGGGCUGUUGUCAAUUCCCUCUGCCCCUGGCGCACCUCCCACCUCUCCCCUUCUUGGCCCCAGGAGGCUGUGGAGGUGGAAGGCUGCGAGCAGAGCUCUAAUCUGCUGGAGGGCCGGCGGCAGGCGGCUCCAGGCCUGCUGCCCCCUAAGCACCCGAGGAUUGUUCCCCUUCCCCCGCCAUACAGCUGGCUUACUCGCUCCUGGUUUUUUCCUUCCACCCCAGGAUAGAGUAAAUGGUGUUUCUUGCCUUGGUUCCAUUACUUGUGUGCUCCCCCCACCCCAUAUUUCUUCCUCUGUCCCUUCCCUUUUUCCCAAACAGUUUGAGUACUUCAGUCCCAGUCAGUGUGGGCCAGGGACACUAAGUCUCUUGAGUGCCAGGGACUCCUUCAGCGGAGGAGUCCAUUCACCUGGUCUGUUUUCCUUUCUUGUCCCAUGAUCCCCUGGUCAGUGUGACAUACACGAACACGCACAUAUACA